AAUCAUAUAAAAAUUUGCUACAUUACAUCUCAAGAUUUGUCACUUACAAAUGAUUGAACAACUUAUAUUAUUAAAAAGAAACUUACAUUAUUGGUUUUAUUUUUAUUUAUAUAUAUAUAUAUAAAAAAAAAGGUUUAUCUUUACUUGUGGACUGAAGGACAUAUCAGUAAUUCUACACCACCCACUUCUCAAUUCUCAUCUUCUUCAGAUUCCUCUGUUCCUAAUUCCUAAUGCCCUUUUCGGAAUCUUUAAGGAUUCCGGCCAAGUAAAUGGUGACUCACUGCAUUAACCUCCAUCUCCACCGCCAUAUUUUCCACCUCCCUCCUUCUAUCUCCACCCUCCGCUACCGCCCCACUGUCUCUCACUCUCCUCUACUCUUUUCUCCGAUCACCCCAAAAUUACUUCUCAAACGUCGCUCUAAUCUUCGAUUCACCUCUCCCAUGGCCUCCGCCGACGCCAACCCAUCGGAAGACACUCAGAACGACGAUUCCGGCAAAGACGAUCUCCGCCCAACAACGCUGGAGCAGAGAACGCUUUCGUGGCCGGAGAUGGCCCUGCUCUGGAUUGGCCUCAUCGUCGGAGUUCCAUCUUAUUACCUCGCCGGAAGCUUAGUCGAUCUUGGAAUGUCGUGGUGGCAGGGUAUCGCCACCGUCGUCGCUGCCAACGCCGUAACCCUAAUUGCGCUAAUUCUCAACGGCCAUCCAGGAACUAAAUACGGCAUCUCUUUCCCUGUUUUUGCUCGAUCGUCAUUUGGAAUCCAUGGCGCACAUAUCCCUACACUUCUCAGAGCACUAAUUGGUUGUGGGUGGUACGGAAUCGAAACGUGGAUCGCCGGUGAGGCCAUUUUUCUUCUAUUACCUGAAAGUAUUAAGAAAUCUUCAUUUUCACAGAUUCUUCCAUGGUUAGGAACUUCUCCUCUUGCAUUUACUUGCUUUUUAGCCUUUUGGGUUGUUCAAUUAGCAAGUGUUUGGAAAGGAAUGGAUGGAAUUCGUAAACUCGAAACCUUCUCAGCUCCGAUUCUUGUCUUUCUUACGGUUUGUCUCUUGAUUUGGUCUUGCGUUAAAGCCGGUGGAUUUGGGCAUAUGCUUUCUUUAACCUCCAAAUUAUCUUCUUCUGAAUUUUGGGCUCUGUUUUUUCCUUCACUUACGGCUAAUAUAAGCUUUUGGGCUACUCUGGCUUUGAAUAUUCCUGAUUUCACUCGUUAUGCCAAAAGCCAAAAAGACCAAAUUAUCGGCCAAUUGGGGCUUCCAAUUUUCAUGGGGGCGUUCACUUUUGUCGGCGUUGCUGUCACUUCCUCCACCGGAGUGAUUUUUGGACAUAUAAUUUCGAACCCAAUCGAUCUUCUUGGCCAUAUUGGGGGUUUCGUCACUAAAGUUUUGGCAAUUUUUGGGAUUAUUUUAGCCACCGUAACGACCAAUGUCGCCGCCAAUGUGGUGGCGCCAGCCAACGCAUUGGUGAAUCUCAGUCCUUCUUAUUUCACUUUCACCAGAGGGGCUCUUCUCACUGCCGUGAUCGGAAUUCUGUUUCAGCCAUGGAGACUUUUAAGCUCGAGUGAGAGCUUCGUUUACACUUGGCUUGUUGGGUAUUCAGCGCUGUUGGGUCCGAUCGGCGGCGUGAUGGUGACGGAUUACUAUUUGAUCCGAGGGAAGGAACUGAGCGUGGAGGAUCUGUAUUCUACGAGUCCGAGAGGGGCGUAUUAUUACUCCGGUGGGUUUAAUUUAGUGGCUGUGGUGGCGCUGGUGGUGGGAGUGUUGCCGGUGAUUCCUGGGUUUUUGGAGAAGGUGGAAAUUGUGUCGAAAGUUCCGAAAGUUUUCAGUGUUAUUUACGGGAGUGCGUGGUUUAUCAGCUCGUUUUUGGCCGGAUUUUGCUAUUGGGGUCUCUCUGUUUUGUUGAAACGGCGAAAAGCUUCUCUCCGGUUUGGGCCUCUGCUUUGAAUUAAUUCAAAAUGCUGUCCAAAAGAAUUGGUCAAACCAUUGCCAACAAAAAAAAAAAAAAAUUAAAAUAAAAUAUUAAAAUAUUUUAUUAUAUUCGUAAAUAUUUUAAUUUAUUUUGUUAUAUUUAAAAAUAAUAUUAUUUGAUAGUUUUUGUUUUAAUGGAUGUAUUUCAAACAAAAUUUCAAUAUAAUUUAUCUACUUAGAAUAGAACAAAA